AUGGCAAAAGAUAUAAAUUUCAUAUCAGAUAUAAAUGAAAAAUAUACAUCUCUUGAGUGUGACUUGGAAUCAAAACUAAAAAUGAUUGUUAAAACAGAACAAACGCUUGAGUUAAAGGAUGCAACCAAAACUGGCGAGACUACAUCAUGCAGGAUUACUUCAGCAAAUUCGUCUUGUAACUCUUUCAAACAAAGGAACUUCGAAUUAAUGAAAUCAUUGGAAAUUUCCAAGGCAAGGCUCCGGUCUCGUGCUACGUUCAGUCCAUUAGAAAUAAUACUUCAAAAGGCGAUUGGAAAUUAUUUAAAAGAUACAUCUCUCAUUCCAUGUAGUACAAAAAAAAUAUAUGGACCCACUUAUGUAUAA